CAUAUUAUUCAUUUAAAGUUUCUCAAACACAAAAAAUGAGAAUUAAUAAUAGAUGGAAUUAUUGUAUAAAUAUUAAAAAUGAAUGUUAUAGUAAUAAUACAUAUUUAAUUUAUAAAACAUUUAUAUGUACAGAUUAAUAGUCACACGUGCAACACGUGACCGAGAAAUUAGGGUUUAUGUAAUUCAAUCUUAACCUGACAAAAGAUUGAGGAUAAACCUUCAAUUGUUUUUCCAUUCCUUAAAAAAUGUUUUUCGUCUGAAAUCUUGCGGGAAGUCCCAUCCUUUUCUAGUAUACGAAAAAGGAAGGAAGACAUGGCAACCACAGAGGAGGUAGUGUACGAGAGUGAUCCGGAGGAGGAGACAACGUUGUCUCUUUCCAUGCGGAGGAGGGAGGCUAGCGAUGAGGAGGAAGGGACCGAGGAUGAAAAAGAAAAUAGGGAGAAUAAUAUGUCCAGGAAUAUUAAUUCUAGGGCUAGAAUUGCUCCGGACAGUGAAUCGGACUGUGAGGGGGCAGCUGCAGAUUAUGAUGAUGAUGAUGAAGACUCCGAUAUUGAGGAGAAACGGGAUAAAGUGGUCGAAGCAAAGUAUGUUGAGGUAGGGGAUGAUGAAUUUGGUGCUCCAGAAGUAGCAGGAGGAGAGAGCACCGGGAAGUCUGUUGAAGAAUCUGAAGACGUCAAGGAACUGCUUCCAUUGGAAAAGGAGAAGAUAAAAAACGAACCUUUUGCUGUUCCCACUGCUGGAGCUUUUUACAUGCACGAUGACAGGUUCCGAGACAAUGAAGGUGGUCGGCACAGGCGUACACUUGGUGGAAGGGAAUUGUGGGAGUCGAAAGAUGAUUGUAAGUGGGGGCAUGACAAAUUUGAAGAGAUGACUCUGCAGGAUAGGAGAAAAACUAGAGGUCAUUAUCACACUCAUGGAAGAAACCAGGGUUCAGAUCCUCGUUAUCCUAGAGAAAACAAGUACAAGGCUUCCAAUAACAUUGAUGAAAAUCGUGGACUCAAGAAUGUGAGAGGCAGAGGUCCAAGAAGGUACCAGCCUUCUGCAAAUAACAAGAUGGAGGUGCCUCUGAUCCAAGAAAAACAAUUUGUGAAGUCAACUAAAAAAGACUCUCAAAAUUUAGGGAGGUUUCCAACUGUAACACCAAAUGAAGAAUUUGAUCCAACUUCUAUCAGGAAGCAAGUCUUUGCAUCAAGCUUGAAUUUUGCCUCUCCCCCAUUUUAUCCUUCUUGUUCUUCAAACAAAGAUAUCCCACUGACUGAGAAAAGAGACGUCAAAGUUGGGACUAUUGACCAUAACCUUCGGUCUUCAGUACCAAGGCAAAAGAACUUAUCCGCUUCGGAUGCUAUGGAAAAACUCUAUGUUAAUGAUUCCAUUUCUCAAGUUUCUGGGCAGUCUUCAACUAGGAAGACCGUAUCAUCUCAAACUCCAAUGGUCCACAGUUCUUCUCAGCCAAGGGCUCAAGGCAGAGCUAUAGCACCAGGAACCCCCCUUCACCAACAAGUCCAUAAAAGUUCUCUUCAGAAAACCUCUACUUCAAUAGAUUUGCCUGUUUUUGAAGAAGCAGAAAUUUUAUCUGAAUUAAGUAAUCCAAAAUCUGCUUUGGUUGGGAAAAGAAGGGGUAGUUUGCAAGUUAGUGAAAAAGGCUCAUUUACUUAUAGUGGGGCUCAGGUUAUUGGAUCAUUUGAAAAUAUGGAUGGUGAUAAAAACAUUUCUGCAACUCCAGCUUUCUUACCAGUUAUGUCAUUUGGAAGCCAGCAUUCUGGUAUGGAAGUUUCAACUGUAGGUAUGGCUUUUCCAGGUUACGUCGGUCAACCACAACAUGGGAUGGGAAACUCUAAGAUGACAUGGCUACCAGUGUUGGCAGGUGCUGCUGUUGGAGCACUAGGGGCUACAUAUGGUUCACCUUAUAUUGGUGCUGAUGGUACUUAUCAUACUCACCAAACAACGCAAGCAUCUCCUUCAGUCACUCUAAGCAAGGAGAGUAUUGCAAAUAAAUCAAUUGAUGAGUGGAAGCCUUCACAGAAAAAUGAAAUUGUUGAUGAAGAGUUUGGUCAACGACAAAGGAGUACUCGCAGGCGAGUUCAAAUUUCAUGUUUCUCACAUUAUCUUCUCAUUUUUUUUUAUUUGUUUUUCAGAGCCAGACAUAUUAUUUCAAUGUAGUCUUGCUUUUUGUUGUUACUUGAAUGGUAGAACCUUGCGGUUCUAGAUUUACACGUGUCUAUUCAACUAGUGCAGAUACACAACAAUGAAUUUUGGCAUGAAGUGAUUGUCUAAGAUAUAUAUGGUGGGUAUGAAUAACAAGAUAAAGAUUGAAUUCCCAGUCUUGACGACUAUGCAGAACCUCCUCUGCGCCCUUUGUGCUCUACAACUCCUUAUUCUGAAGCACUAUGGGCUGCAGUAUAUGCCAUAAUAUUUUAGGUACUUUUCUGAUCAUGCUGCGGUGGAUAUCAACGUUUCAGCUUGUUGGGGUGGAAUUUUUUUUUUUUUUUUUUUUUUGUUUGUUUGUAGUAUUGUAUUCCAUUUCAAGAGUUGAUGAAGUAGUAGCUCUUUUAGUCUCUUUUUUGUGAGAUGCAAUGGUGAUCUUCCUUAUUCU